CCCUUCCCGUGUUCCCGGGGGGUUUUUCCCGCUAUUCCCGACGCCGCUCUCUCCUUCCCCGGCAGUGCAAGAAGAAGCACACGCUGGUUUGUCCUGACUUUGCCCGGAAGGGCGUCUGUCCCAAGGGUGGCCGCUGCAAACUCCUGCACCCCCAGAAGAGGCGGCACCCCAAGGAGGCGGGAGGAGACGGAGACCACACUGACCCCCCUUCCAAGUGGAGAUGGGUCAAGGAGGAGCCGGACAGGAAUGAUCCAGCUCAGCUCCACGACGAUGGGGAAAUUCCCGGACCUUCCAGUGCGGAGCAGGAGGGGAAGUUUGGGAAAGAGGAGGACGCCAAGCCAACGAGCUGCCUGCAGAAGCUUCCAUCCUUCAUCUCCCUCCGAUCCCCGGAAUAUCCCAGAUUCCGGGGGUGCAAAGUGGAGAAGGAUGAGGAUGAGCCGGAGGAGAAGCCAGGCACCACCAAAAGGAAGAGGAUUUUGCCACGGGAAUGCUCGGAGGACUCGGAGGACACCCGUGUGGAAGGUGCCAGAGGCAAACGACUGCAGAUCAAGCCCCGGCUGUGAGGAAUUCCCGAUUUCCCGAUCCCGGGAUCAGCCGACCUGCUCAGGAACCGGAGAGCCGGGCACGACCUGGCACCUACCUCAGGACGCCGUGUCCAGACAUGGCACCACCCCCUUCUCCUCUCACUUUUCUGGGACACCAUUCGGACAAGGAGCAGCGUGGGAAUAUGCCUCUCAUUCCCGCCAGGAAUUCCCGCAGGAAGCGGCUUCGUUUGGAAUCUUUGCGUUGACCAAUAAACGACCUUUCUCCGUUGGUUUGUCGGAGGCAAGUCCUGCCAAAUUGAAGCUCCUUGGAUGUUUGUGGGGUUGGGAAGAGCUUCCUAUUCCCGUGGGUGCUGUCCCGGACAUGAGGUGAUCCAGGGACCUGAGGUGACAUUCCCAAAUCCAGGGCAGCCACAGGCUGGGAUGUAACGGGAUGUAAAGCCCCCACAGCUCUGAUCCCUCCAUCCCACUCCAUUCUCUUGCUUUUGGGAGGGGAUUUCUUGGAGCAGGGCCAUGUUCCGAGAGCAUUCCUAAUGGGAAUGUGUGUUGGGAGUGGUGCCGAGCUCUCAUCCCGCAGCGUUUUGGGAUCUGGUAGCUCCUAAUUCCCACCUCUCCUCAUCCCAGUGGGACACCCAAACCGACUCUUCCAGAGGUUUUUUUUUUGCCGGAGCAAAGCACGGAGAGGGCGUUAAGUCACCAGCACCACGGGGGUUUUGCAUCCAUAGGUACCACUUCCCAGGGAUUUUGGGGAACCCCCCCGCAGAUGGGAUUUGGGGGGGACACCUCCGAGCCACAGGGGGGGAUGGUGGGAUUUGCCCAUCCAAACGCCCCUCAGGUGAAAUCCUGUGGGAAAAAAAAAGGCUCAGCAGGGAUGUGGGGAAGCGCUGGGGCUCCCUGAGGACGUUUCCCGGGAAUGGGAUGGGCUCAGGUGCUCCGUGGCUCCGGGAAGAUGCCGACGGCAUCCAAACACCCCUCCGGGGGGUUUCCCUUCCCAGAGAGACCCCCACGGUGGGAAGGGGGGGUUGUCACCAUCCCAAAUCCAGAGCGUUUCCCCCCAGGGAUGGAUGGAUCCCACCCUGGGAUGCCCCUUGUAUCCCAAGAGCUGUUUUGUAACAAAAGCUCCGUCGUCUCUCUGUCGCCGUGAAAUGUCUUUUAUUUUAAUUCCUGUGGUUUGGUUUGUAAAUAAAAGACUUUCCUCCCCCUGGGGA